AUGAUGAUGCUACGACAUGGACAUAAACUAACAAAGCAUACUACUGCUUUGAGUUUAUUACAUCAUCAUCAUAAUAAUAUUCCUUCUUGUACAUCUUUAUUGGAUGGUUAUCAUCAUCAUCAUCAUGAUCAGUCCAUCACUAAAAGAAGCCAUUCUAAUUGUACAAUACAUAAACAACAACAACAUGGCACUUGGAGACAACCAACCCAAGGACACUACACUGGUAUCAAUAUAAGUAAUAGUUUGAAUCGUCUAGGUGAUCGUAAACCAUUUCCUUUGAUCUUGGAAUCAAACAACCUUCCACAACAUCAACAACAACAACAAGACACCAAUAAUGAACAAAAAGAUGAAAGAAGAAAUAUAUCAUGGUAUUCAUGUGGUCCAACUGUUUAUGAUAGUAGUCAUCUUGGUCAUGCAAGAACUUAUGUAACAAUUGAUAUCAUUCAAAGAAUUAUUAAUGAUUAUUUUAAUUAUAAUGUAAUACAUGUAAUGGGAAUGACCGAUAUCGAUGACAAGAUUAUAAAGAAGUCAAAAGAGACUGGUGUAUCAUUUCAAGAGUUGGCACGUGUAAAGGAGCAAGAGUUUGUUGAUGAUAUGGCUUCACUGCAUGUUCGACCACCACUACUCAUCACAAGAGUUACAGAACAUAUAGAUAAUAUCAUUGACUUUAUUGGCAAGAUCAAAGAGAAUGGAUUUGCCUAUGACGUUCAAUCAGACAACACCAACUCUAUUCUAUUUGACACCAAGCAAAUGGGUGAUAGGUAUGGUAAAUUUGUAUACAAUGAUAAUAUUAUAUCGGAUGAUACUUUAAAGAUCAAUGUAGAUGCUAAACGUGAUGCAAGAGAUUUUGCACUUUGGAAAGGUACCUAUGGUAAUGACUAUGACAAGGAUGGUAAAGGAACUAUUGUUAGUUGGGAAUCACCUUUUGGUAAAGGUCGUCCAGGUUGGCAUAUUGAAUGUUCAAGUAUGAUAGAAUCAGUAUUUGGUAAUAAAUUAGAUAUUCAUGCAGGAGGAAUUGAUUUAAAGUUUCCACAUCACGAGAAUGAAAUUGCACAAUGUGAAGCCAACUUUUCACCAACCCCAAAUACAGAGACUGGAGAAUACGAUCAAUGGAUCAAUUAUUUCAUUCAUAUUGGUCAUUUAAAUAUUCAAGGUUUGAAAAUGUCAAAAUCUUUAAAAAACUUUAUAACCAUUAGAGAAUAUUUAAAAACAAAUACAGCAGAUUCAUUAAGAUGGAUUUGUUUAAUGAAUAGAUAUUAUGACAAGAUUGAUUAUAACCCAAACAAUGAUUACAGUUCACUGCCAAAUAAAUUUUAUGGUUGGUUUGGAUUGGUAGAGCAACGAUUAAAGGAACCAUUGGAUAUGAAUUUGGAAAGAUCAAAGUUCACAGAUGCCAAGCAAUACAUUGAUGCAUUCAACACCACCAAGAAUGAAGUACACCAAGCACUAUCACAAGACUUUAAUACGGCAAAGGCUAUUCGAUCAAUGGGGAAUCUCGUAUCGUUGACACUUGCCUCACCCAACCAACUCGUAUCGUCUGUACCCCAAGACAUACUAUCCAACAUAAACGACUACAUACGUAGAAUGUUUUCAAUUUUUGGUCUCACAGAUACAAUGUCUGAGAAACAGAAAAAGAAACAUCAACUCGAAGCGUCUCUUCAAUCAUCGAUCAAUACUACUACUACUACUAAAACAAGUGGUGAUGCUGAUGAACCAACACUCAAAGAAUUGUAUGAUCUACUCCAAACUUUUAGAAAUGAUGUUAGAAAGAUUGCACUGACUAUUGAUAAACCAGACACCCAAAGUACAAUAUCGACCAAACAACAAUUAUUAGAAUCAUGUGACCAAAUUCGAACUAAAUUGACUGAUAUGGGUUUAAAUCAAUCCGAUUCUUCCAUUACAAAUAAAUCUAAUAAAAAAUAA